AUGUAUGAGCUGCAGAGUCACGUGGGCAUCAUGGAGCUCCCUCCAAUUUUCUUCUUGAUUACACAGGGCAACCUAGCCUCAGCCUGUGGCACAGCAGUCACUGAGCCCUUCCUCAUGCUGACACUCAGCAAAUUGCAUUUUGUGCUGAGGUUGGUGGAGAUCAACUACAUGAAGCCGGCGCUGUGUGGAGCUGUGGAAGGCUUUGCCUGGGCUGCCAAUAUGAAAUUCCAGAUCAGGGACGAGAGCCCAUUCCCCAGCUGUCAGGCAGCCGACUACUGUUUCUGUGUGCUCCCUUUCCUUAACCUCAUGAGCAGCAGCUGGCUGAGCAGCAAGGACCCAGAGCUGCAGCAGGCUGUGGUCAAGGCGCUGGGACCCGCGAUGGGCCUCCCUCUCCACCAUAAGAGGCAUCGCGAUACUGUUUUUGAUAAGCUCCCGUGUCUCCUGCAGCAGUACGAGGGAGGGCUUGACAAUCUUCAUGUCACCAUGGUGAGAUGCCGCCUGGGAAACCAGCACUGGCCCUUGUAUGUACGCGUGGGUGUGCGUACUGGCACACCCUGUCUCUCCCCAGACCAAUUUAUUUCCCUUGUGGACUCCCAGCUCAAGACCGACAAGAAGGCAAGCCAUGUGGCAUCCCUCUCCAUCUUUAGUGGCAUCAUUGCUGCUGACUGGAAGUAUGACCAGAGCAAACGUGUUGACUGCUGUGAAGAAGGCCAUCCUCCAAGGACACUGCUUAAUGUGCAGGGCUUAGAUGACGUUGCCUGGGAUUUAGUGGCCUAUAUUUUCAAGCAGUCCAGCUUGUCUAGCAGCCAACUGAAGUCCAAAAACCAUUCCAGUCAGGAUGCUGAGGAGGAACAGAGCAUCUGA